AUGGGACCGAACGUGAAAUUCGUGACAGAUGACAUUGGGGAGCCUUGGACUUAUGACAAGCCGUUUGAUUACAUCCAUAGCCGCAUUAUGGCGUCUUCCAUCGGCGAUUGGGAGAAAUACAUACAGAAAUGUUUUGACAACCUGAAUGCUGGCGGGUAUCAGGACCUCAAUGAGUUCGACAUCAUUCCCACAUCCGACGACGGAUCGGAUGUUGUGGGACUAGCAGACCUGAUGAAGGGCAAUGGCUUCAGGGAUGAGUUAGGACUUUGGAAUAAUGAGAACAUCACAUCUGGGUGGGAAGGCUUCUGUAUGGCGCCGUUCACGAGGGCGAGGAACUGGACGAGGGAAGAAGUUCUGCUGCUCAUGGACCAGGUUCGCUAUGAGUUCAACGACAAAAGUAUUCAUACAUACUUAAACAUAUGGUCGAUUCACGGCAGGAAGCCUACGGCAGAAGCGAUAGGGUUUGGGGAUGGCGACUGA